GCCAAUUGUUCAGAGCUCGAUCUAUCAUGCAUCUGCAGGAGCUUGAAUCAGCCGUCACAAAGCUUGUCGUGCUUCAAAGCAUCAUGCAGCCUUUCCGAAAGCCUGGUCAUGAUGAAUCUCACCCAAACAGUGUGUGGUGGCUCAGUGCGAGAUCGAUCAGGUCGUUACAAGACGAUGAACAUUGCUCUUAGCUCUGUAACCCUUUUGAUCGCCGGCAUGCGCUUCGUGUCCAAGUUUCUCUUCAGCAUCAGACAGGGUUUUGGUCCGGAUGAUUGGACCAUGUUGGCAGCAGGACUAAUCGGUAUACCAUGCAUCAUUUUCAACAUCUCUGGGUUGAGUGACCACGGACUAGGCAAAGAUGUUUGGACAUUGCCUCCAGGAGCUUUGGCUUCAUUCGCACAAUGGUUUCUGGCCAUGGAAAUCCUCUACGUGGUCAUCAUAUCGAUUGUCAAAUCCAGCCUGUCGCUUUUCUAUCUCGAUUUGUUUCCAGGAACUACUUUUCGCCGAGUCAUCUGGGCCACCAUCAUAUUCCAUGUCACCUCCGGCCUCAGUUUCGUUGUCGGCAGCCUCUUGCAAUGCGUACCCCUGAGUCUCGCGUGGGAGCAAUUUGGCGACGGCACCAAUCGCCCACCAGGACACUGCAUCAACGUGAAUGCUUUAGCGUGGGUCAACGCCGCCAUGAAUAUUGCGGUCGACAUUUGGCUCAUAGGGAUUCCCCUAUACCAGCUGUACAAGCUAGACACUCAGUGGAGGAGAAGGUUGAGUGCGGCCGUUAUGUUCAUGACAGGAGCAAUAGCUACCAUUGUCUCCAUCCUCCGGCUGCAGUCUCUCGUCCACUUUGCUAAUUCGACGAACCCCACGUGGGACCAUUGGAAUAUCGCCUGGUGGUCUACCAUUGAAGUCAACAUAAGCAUCAUAUGCACAUGCCUCCCAUCCAUCCGGCUGAUUUUGGCACACUUAUGUCCACGAAUGGUUGGUUCGAGU